CGGGCAUCGAGUCGUCUGGCAAGACUGCGGGCAUCGAGUCGUCUGGCAAGACUGCGGGCAUUGAGUCAACUGGCGGAACAGCGGGCACGAGUCAUCUGGCAAGACUGCGGGCACCGAGUCGUCUGGCAAGACUGCGGGCACCGAGUCGUCUGGCAAGACUGCGGGCACCGAGUCAACUGGCGGAACAGCGGGCAUAGAGUCAACUGGCAAGACUGCGGGCACCGAGUCGUCUGGCAAGACUGCGGGCACCGAGUCGUCUGGCAAGACUGCGGGCACCGAGUCGUCUGGCAAGACUGCGGGGCACCGAGUCGACUGGCGGAAACAGCGGGCACCGAGUCGACUGGCGGAACAGCGGGCACCGAGUCGUCUGGCAAGACAGUGGGCUCCGAGUCAACAGGCACGACAGUGGGCACCGGGUCAUCAGGUAUCGGAUUGUCUGGCUCGACAGCGGGCAUCGGGUCACCAGGCAUCAGGUCAUUUGGCUUGCCAGCGGGCACCGCGUCAUCUGGCAAGGCAGUGGGCACCGGGUCACCAGGUAUGACAGCGGGCUCUGAGUCAAUUGGCACGACAGCGGGCACUGGAUCAGGUACCGGAUCAUCUGGAUCAACAGCGGGCAUCGAGUCAACUGGCCUAAUAGGAUCGUCGGGCUGGAUCAGUUCAUCAUGCUGAGUAGCGGCAUCAGGCUGAAUGCAGGCAUCAGGCUGAGGAGAGG